CUUUUCACUUUUGACUUGGAACUUGCAGCGUGCACAUUUGCCUGAGCCAGGUGGGUCCUGUCUUCCCACUGGCAAUCGCCACACAAAAAGGAGACAGGUAAAGGACCAUCUGCAGGAGUUUUGUUUCGGGUGCGUUCAGACGUCAGCAGCAAUGUCGCUGCGUGUGACGUCGCCGGCCUUGAGUACUAGGAGCUGUGGGGGAUGGCAGAGCAGCACGUUCGGCGAUUCUGCAAGUUGUAUUGAAGCCAAAAAUGUCUGCCUGGUACCGAGUUUCACCAAGCGACUAGCAGGCAGUUUCACAGGAACAGAGAAAGCUCAAAGGUUCGCUGCGCGGACAUAUUCAGGACCCUUAAGGACCAUUGCAGCAGUAGCAGAUGCGGCAGCUGACGCUCCUGCCAAGCAGCGGAGCUGGCGAGAGAAAGCACGACCGAUCCAGCCAGGCAGCGCGUACCCAGCGAAAGAGCACUGCAGCAAUUGUGGCCUGUGCGACACCUACUACGUAGCACACGUGAAGGACGCGUGUGCUUUUCUGGGGGACGGCAUGUCCAGGGUCGAGGAUCUUGAGCCACGGGUACACGGACGGGGUCGGGACCCAGACUCGCUGGACGACGCUCACUUUGGAGUGCACAAAGAGAUGCUGUAUGCCAAGAAGACGAACCCAAUUGAAGGAGCGCAGUGGACUGGAAUUGUAACUGGCAUUGCAAUGGAGAUGCUGCGGUCGGGCAAAGUGGACGCGGUCGUGUGCGUGCAAAGCGAUCCUGAAGACCGGUUCAAACCAAAGCCGGUGCUAGCCCGUACACCUGAGGAGGUUCUGGCUGCGAGGGGCGUCAAGCCAACGCUGUCACCAAACCUGAACGUGCUAGCUCUUGUAGAGGCAGCAGGUGUAAAACGGCUGCUGUUCUGUGGAGUCGGCUGUCAAGUACAAGCGCUGCGCUCGGUGGAGCAACAUCUGGGACUGGAGAAGCUCUACGUUCUGGGGACCAACUGUGUGGACAACGGUCCCCGCGCAGGGCUGGAGAAGUUUUUGAACGCCGCGAGCGACGAGCCGGAGACGGUGCUGCACUACGAGUUCAUGCAGGACUACAAGGUGCACUUGAAGCACCUCGACGGGCGCAACGAGGAGGUGCCGUACUUCUGUCUGCCAGCGGACGACUUAAAGGACGUUAUCGCCCCCUCCUGUUACACGUGCUUCGACUACACAAACGGACUAGCGGAUCUGGUGGUCGGGUAUAUGGGCGUGCCCAAGUCGGAGGGAGUCCCCAUGACACGGCACCCACAAUACGUCACCGUAAGGAAUGACCGGGGGGCGGAGAUGCUGGACCUCGUUAGAAAUCAGCUGGAAAUCACACCGACGGUCAGCUCGGGUGACAGAAAGUCGUUCGUCCUAGAGACGGUCAAGGCAGACGACAAGGCCACGAUCGGCCUAGAAACAACAGUCCCGGCGCCUCUGUUUAUCGGCAACGCCAUCGCGUGGGUGCUAGACAAGAUUGGACCCAAAGGUCUUGAGUUCGGACGCUACUCUAUAGACUACCACUUCAUCCGAAACUACUUAUACGUAGUCCGGACCUGGGGUCCGAAAAGGGCUGCGCAGCAUAUACCGGCCUACGCCCAACGGCUGGUUAACAUGUACAACAAGAAGGGCGAAAUAGACCGCAUUUUAGAUGAAGGUGCCCUCGCUAUGGAGUUCAAGAAGCAGAUUGAGGGGAGGCCCAAGCGGGAGCCAAAAGCGAUUUGGGAAAAGCUCUACGGGGUUCAAGAAGACUUUGGGUACACAGAGGAUGGGGCGACGCGGCAUCGAAACGAGCUAUUGUCUCUUGCGCUAGCAUACGGGGUUGUGACGCUCGUUUUGAAAUACUUGUUUGACAGCGGAUUCAUUCAUCCUUAGUCAGUUCGCACUUUUGACUGGUUACCGUACCUCAUAAGCGGACAGACCACAGUGUAUAUAAGAGUUGACAUAACAGGUUGUUCCCCAAAGAUUUUUUAGGUAGUUCGUAGGUGACGCAGAGGCAAGCACCAAGUGGUUUCCAACGCACUUUUGUAUCGGAAGGUUGACCAAUCGUGACCAAUGAUUUCUGUCCUAAGAGCAGGCGGCCCUACACCUCCGAAAAGGCAAUCCGCGGU